AUGAAUCCGAACUUUAUCGAUUUCACUCCAAACCAAGCUGCCCUCGUUGUCUCUAAUUUCAUCUAUGCCACAAUAUCGGCUCUGAACGUUUAUUUCGGCGCCUUCACCACCUAUCACCUCUUCUGCGCCGUUCGGAACGUCUCGCAAAACACGCAGAGAAUGCAACGCCGGUUCUUUUUGGCACUAUUGUUGCAGUCAUUCACUCCGGGCAUUGGAAUCGUCAUUCCGAUGUACUAUUACUUGUUCGCCUACACGUACAACUAUUACAAUCAGAGUGAGUGCCGAGUUAUCGGAAAAGUGUAGAAUCAGAAGACGUCAAUCAGAUCCGAAACGUUUUGAAUGAAUUUUUGUCUAGUACUGUUCACUGUCUACUGUCUCGUACUAUACGACCCUUUCGCAAUGCACACGCAAGAAUGAAGAAUGGCGAUUUCGUUCAAAACUUGUUUUCGGACGUUAUGACUGCUUCUGACUCUGCCCCUUACAACCAAGUUUGUUCAUUUUCAACUGUCUCUUCAGAAUACAAUAACUUUGCAAUGAUUGCAAUCGGAUUCAACGGUCUCUUGGCCACUUUCGCCAUGAUUUUGGUGCAUCAGCCGUACCGCGAGGCCGUGAAGAAAAUGAUGUCUGGAGCAGCCGCCACGGGCAGAAAACUCUCGAAGACGGCAAGAACUUCUGUGUUCAGCAGGCCGAUUGCUCUUGUUUGA